ACAAUAUGUAUUCAGUCUUUUCUCUGCUGGCUCUUCACAUUGUUAAGAUGGCUCCCAGAGGUGUAAUUGCUGUGACAACCGUUCUCCUCUGCUUCAUACUGGGCCUGCUCGGUCCAGCUCCAGCUGCCAUGGGUUCCCGUGUGGGCAGAGCCUGUUGUAGGCAAUACAAUAGGAAGCCGAUACCCUUCCAGCGUAUAAAGGGCUACAGAGAACAAACCACCAAGGAAAACUGCAACAUUGAGGCGAUCAUUUUCUACACAGUUAAGAAGAAUGAGAUAUGUGCGACACGGAAAGACGAGUGGGUGAGGAAAAUUCUGGACUUACUCAGUUUAAAACUAAAGAAGAUGUCCAAGACCGGCUCUGCUGCAGCUGAAACUGCGAUGAGGAAAGGUGCAAAGCCUCGGUUUAAUGAUGGAAGCGAAUCUUUCGUCAGCACCACAGAGACCCUCAGCACCCUCAACAGCACCGACACUUUCUAUUAGGACAAAUCAGGCCUCGGUCUUGAAUUGGAAUUUAAUCAUUUGUGUUACAGAAAUGACAAUUAGAAGGUAUGUUUGAAAUAAAUUGAACCAACUGUAAUCUAGUCAUGUUGGGGAUGAUAUCUCUGAAAAAGUUAAGAAUUAAAAAAAAAAUCUAAUAAUUUUUUCUUGCCUUAACAUAUGGAGCAUCAGCAUAUAAUCAUGAUUUAAGGGGGACCAGGGAAGAGCAGCUUUGAUACUACUGAUGUAUAUUAUAUGCUUUGUCAUUUAGCAAAUGUUUAUGGGAAUGUUUCUGUUUGUUAGAUCAUGCUUUUGGGACUAUACUGUUUCAUUGCCUGCUAUGAAUCUGCUGCUUAAUCAAGUAAUAUGCCAAUAGCUAUUCUCAUAAUAAACAGGAAUGCAAUCCAGGCACUCCAGGAUAUAAAAACAAAUUAAUUUAAUUGAAGGAAAAAUUAAAAAGCCUGUAUUGUAGUUGCUAAAUCAUUAAAAAGCUAUGUUUGAAGCAAGGGCUUUUAAAUAAGACCAACAGUGGUCAAAACAUGCUGAUCAACUUGUAUCAACUUAAUAAUUUACCUACUAUAAUAAAUGCUUUUUAAUAUUUUCAUAUUAGUGCCUGGAUUGCCUUGUUUAUCCUGUUUUCCAAGAGAUCCGGACACAUUUUUGAUCUACGGUUGAGU